AUGCCUCUGGAAGCCCGCGUGAAAUCUGUCCUGUCGGGCGACACUGUUGUCCUGUCCCAUGUCACGAACCCUGGACAGGAACGCACCCUUAGUCUUGCAUAUGUCUCAGCUCCUAGACUGAGGAGAGAAGGCGAUGAGCCAUACGGCUUCCACUCCCGGGAAUUCCUCCGCGAGGUCCUCGUGGGUAAAGUAAUCCAGUUCCAGGUCCUCUACACAAUCCCUACCGGCGCCAAGCGUGACUACGGCACAAUCAAGCUCCCUGGCUUUGACGCCUCCCUGCCCGAUAUCAGUGUGCAAGAAGGAUGGACCCGCGUCCGUGAAGAGGCCGGCAAACGCAGCGACGAAUCCGAAGAGACACUCGCAUAUCUUGAGCGACUCCGUGCUCUGGAGGACCACGCCCGUACCGAAGGCAAGGGUAUGUGGGCCGGAGCGGAUAAGGGCCGUACAGAGACUAGCUACGAGGUCGACGACGCAAAAUCCCUGGUUGAUGAGUGGAAGGACAAGCACCUCGAGGCCGUUGUCGAGAGAGUUUUGAACGGAGACAGGCUAGUACUCCGCCUGCUUUUGUCGCCCGAAGAACAUUUGCAGACGGUUGUUGCUGUUGCGGGAGUUCGGGCCCCGGCCGCGAAACGGGUCAAUGCUGAGGGCAAGGAACAGCCUGGCGAACCCUUCGGGGACGAGGCAUACCAGUUCGUCGAGGCGCGGCUUCUGCAGCGCAAGGUUCAGGUGUCCCUUCUCGGCGUCACUCCCCAGGGACAACUAAUCGCCACUGUCCUCCACCCCAAUGGCAAUAUCGCCAAGUUCCUCCUGGAAGCCGGCCUUGCCCGCUGCUUCGACCACCACUCAACGUUGCUCGGAGCCGAAAUGGCAGCGUUCCGGCGCGCGGAGAAGGAGGCCAAGGAUAAUAGGAAGGGCAUAUUCGCUGGACUUGUCGCGAAGGGUCCUGCUGGCGGGGCCGCCGAUCAGGAUUACAUUGUCAGCCGAGUGCUGAACGCAGACACUCUGAUCCUCCGCAACAAGGCCGGUGAGGAGAAGAAGAUCAGUCUGAGCAGUGUUAGACAGCCCAAGCCGUCCGAUCCUAAGCAGGCACCUUUCCAGGCGGAUGCCAAGGAGUUCGUGCGUAAGAGGCUCAUUGGCAAGCACGUCAAGGUCACAAUCAACGGCAAGAAGCCUGCGAAUGAGGGCUACGAGGAGAGGGACGUCGCAACAGUGAUUCAGGGCAACACCAACAUCGCUCUCGCGCUUGUGGAGGCUGGUUAUGCUUCGGUCAUUCGUCACCGCCAGGACGACGAGGAUCGCUCCCCUGACUAUGACUCCCUGCUUAUCGCCGAGGCGGAAGCUCAGAAGGACGGAAAGGGAAUGUGGUCUCCCAAGCCGGCUAAGCCCAAGCAGUACCAGGACUACUCCGAGAGCUUGCAGAAGGCUAAGAUGGAAGUUUCGAUUCUGCAACGUCAGAAGCGUGUCCCCGCCAUUGUGGACUUUGUCAAGUCAGGAUCUCGUUUUACCGUUCUUGUGCCCCGAGAGAAUGCCAAGUUGACCUUGGUUUUAUCCGGUAUCCGUGCGCCCCGCUCAGCUCGCAAUCCUGGUGAAGCAGGUGAACCGUUCGGCCAGGAAGCCCAUGACUUGGCGAACAAGCGGUGCAUGCAACGCGAUGUCGAGAUCGACGUUGAAACCAUUGACAAGGUGGGUGGCUUCAUUGGCACUCUGUACGUCAACAAGGAAGACUUUGCCAAGGUCCUCCUGGAGGAGGGUCUGGCCACGGUUCAUGCCUACUCGGCAGAGCAGUCCGGUCACGCUACCGAGUACUUUGCAGCUGAGCAGAAGGCAAAGGAGGCCCGGAAGGGUCUGUGGCACGACUGGGAUCCAAGCAAGGAGGCUGAGGAAGCUGAGGAGGAACCUGCCAAUGGUAGCAACGGCGCGGAGGGUGAGGCUACCGAGCGUCGUAAGGACUACCGGGACGUGAUGGUCACCUAUGUCGACCCCGCAUCCGGAAAGAUCAAGAUCCAGCAGAUUGGCACAGGCACCUCUGCCCUAACAGAGCUGAUGAGCGCUUUCCGUUCUUUCCAUUUGAACAAGGCCAAUGACACUCCGCUCCCUGGCCCACCCAAGGCCGGUGAUUAUGUGGCUGCCAAAUUCACCGAGGAUGGCGACUGGUACCGUGCCAGGGUGCGUCGCAAUGACCGUGAGAAGCAGCAGGCAGAGGUUGUGUACAUCGACUACGGUAACUCUGAGAUCCUCCCGUGGUCCCGCCUCCGACCCCUGAGCCAGCCCCAGUUCUCCGUCCAGAAGCUCCGCGCUCAAGCUUCGGACGCCGUGCUGUCCUUCGUGCAGUUCCCCGUCUCCGCCGAUUACCUCCAGGAUGCCGUCAGCUAUCUUGAGGAACUGACAUAUGGUCGAACACUGGUCGCCAAUGUCGACUACGUCGCUUCUGACGGAACGAUGCACGUUACCUUGUUGGAUCCUUCGGUAUCGAAGAGCCUGGACCAGAGCAUCAACGCCGAAAUUGUCCGUGAGGGUCUGGCCAUGGUUCCUCGGAAGUUGAAGGCUUGGGAGCGUGCUGCCAGCGAGACUCUAUCUAACCUGCGCAGCGUCGAGGAUGAGGCUAAGCAGGAGAGACGCGGCAUGUGGGAGUAUGGAGACCUCACCGAGGACUAA